AUGGGGGGUAGGGGAGGGAGUGGUCGGGGGGGGGGGGGGGGGGGAGGGGUGGGAGGGGGGGGGGAGGGGGGGGGGGUGUGGGGGGAGGGGGGGGGGGGAGGGGGGGGGGAGGGGGGGGGGGGGUGGGGAGGUGGGGGGGGGGGGUGCAGGGAGUUGGGAUGUUUGGAUGAUUAUGGUGGUGGUAGGGAAACAAGGUUCUCCUUUUUCUUCACGUCUAUGUAG